AUGAGCGCCAACCGAUUUGCCGGACCCGACGGGCCGCCCGCGACCCGCGACAAGGACGCGGGCUCCCGCGUGCUGCUCAAGCGCAUCCGCGAAAUCAUGGCCGAGCCGAUGGCGCCGCAGCAGCGCCUCGACCGGAUCGUCGCCCAGAUCGCCCAGUCGAUGGUCGCCGAGGUCUGCUCGGUCUAUGCGCUGCGCGCCGACGGCGUUCUCGAACUCUAUGCCACCGUCGGCCUCAAUCCCAAGGCCGUCCACCAAUCCCAGUUGCGGCUCGGCCAGGGCCUCGUCGGCACCAUCGCCGCAUCCUCGCGCCCGCUGAACCUUGCCGAAGCGCAAAAGCACCCGGCCUUCGAAUACCUCCCCGAAACCGGCGAGGAACUCUACAAUUCCUUCCUCGGCGUGCCGAUCCUGCGAGCCGGCCGGACGCUGGGCGUGCUCGUCGUUCAGAACGAAGCCCACCGCGCCUAUGGCGACGAUGAGGGCGAGGCGAUGGAAACGGUCGCCAUGGUGAUCGGCGAGAUGAUCGCCACCGGCGAUCUGAGAAGCCUUUCUUCAGCCGGCGUCGAACUCGAUCUCGCCAAGCCGGUCACACAUCACGGCCAGCCCCUGUCCGAAGGCAUCGGGCUGGGACAUGUCGUCCUGCAUGAACCGCGCGUCGUCGUCACGGCCAUGUUCAACGAUGACACCCAGGCCGAACUGGAGCGGUUGGCGGCCGCGCUCUCCAGCCUGCGAUUGACCAUCGACGACAUGCUGUCGCGCGGCGAUGUGGCAUUCGAGGGCGAACACCGCGACGUGCUGGAAACCUAUCGCAUGUUCGCCCACGACAAGGGCUGGGUGCAGCGCAUGGAGGAGGCGAUCCGCAACGGCCUGACCGCCGAGGCCGGCGUCGAGAAGGUGCAGAGCGACAUGCGCGCGCGGCUGAGCACGGUCACCGACCCUUAUCUGCGCGAGCGCAUGAGCGAUUUCGACGAUCUGGCCAAUCGUCUGCUCCGCCAGCUGAUCAGCGGCGAACCGUCCCACGGCGCAAAGUCCCUGCCCGAGGACGCCAUAAUCGUCGCCCGCCACAUGGGCGCCGCCGAGCUGCUCGACUAUCCGCGCGACAGGCUGCGCGGGCUGGUCCUGGAGGAGGGUGCGCCGACAAGCCAUGUGGUGAUCGUCGCACGCGCCAUGAACAUACCGGUCGCCGGCGGCGCCAAGGGUGUCGUCGCCAUGUCCGAUUCGGGCGACGCAAUCAUCGUCGACGGCUUGUCCGGCCAUGUGCAUCUGCGGCCCCAGCCCGAUGUCGAGGCGGCUUACGCCGAAAAAGUCCGUUUCCGCGCCCGCCGCCAGGAGGAGUAUCGCACGCUGCGCGACCGUCCUUCGGUCACCGCCGACGGCCAUCCCGUCUCGCUCUUGAUGAAUGCCGGUCUUCUGGUCGACCUGCCGCAGGUCGACCAGUCGGGCGCAGCGGGCAUCGGCCUGUUCCGGACCGAACUGCAAUUCAUGAUCGCCGCCACCUUUCCGCGCGCCGAGGCGCAGGAGCGGCUUUACCGGUCGGUGCUCGAUGCCGCCGCCGGCCGGCCGGUCACUUUCCGCACGCUCGAUAUCGGCGGCGACAAGGUGCUCCCCUAUUUCCGCAACGCCCCCGACGAGGAGAACCCUGCGCUCGGCUGGCGCGCCAUGCGGCUGGCGCUGGACCGUCCCGGCCUGCUGCGGACCCAGGUGCGGGCGCUGCUGAAGGCCGCGUCGGGCCGCGAAUUGCGGCUCAUGCUGCCGAUGGUCACCGAACUGCACGAGAUCGACCAGGCGCGCGCGCUGAUCAUGCGCGAGGUCAAGCACUUGUCGCGUUUCGGCCACGGCUUGCCGCUGACGUUGCGGAUCGGCGCCAUGCUGGAAGUGCCCUCGCUGCUGUUCGAUCUGGACGGUCUGAUGGAGAAGGUCGACUUCGUGUCCAUCGGCUCGAACGACCUGUUCCAGUUCAUGUAUGCCGCCGACCGCGGCAACAGCCGUGUCGCCGACCGGUUCGAAACCCUGUCGCCGACCUUUCUGCGCGCGCUGAAAUCGAUCGCUGACGCCGCCGCCCGGCACGAGACGCCAUUGACACUGUGCGGCGAAAUCGCCGGCCGGCCGUUGGAGGCCCUCGCCCUUGCGGCGCUCGGCAUCACAACCCUGUCCAUGUCGCCGGCGGCCAUCGGCCCGGUCAAGGCCGCCAUUCUGAAGACGGACAUGGCCGCCCUGCGCGCCGCGAUUGCCGAUCCGCUUGAAAACGGCAGCACGGGCGCCGAUAUCCGUAACAUUAUCCGCGAAUAUGCCGAAGCCCACGCCAUUGCCCUUUGA